AUGGCGACACUUACAACGAACCCAACGUCUGUCCCGGGCUUGGAUUGCCCUAUUCCAGACACUUUCCCUGAUGGAUUUGCACAAAAUGGUGGUCGAAUCUCCACCGAUCACGUUGGGAUGCUUCGCCCCACACCGGCAUCGCUGUCCAUUGAGGAAAUGAGGGAACGGCUCAAGCAGGACGGGUAUCUGUUCGUCAAGGGACUUCUUCCUAGAGAGGACGUCCUGGAUGCAAGGGAGCACUAUUUUAGUCAAUAUUCAAGCACCUUGUUAUUAGAACCAGGGACAGCUCCACGAGAUGGUAUUUUCAACAAAUCCUCUCAUCCGGAUGCGCACAAAGGCAUCGGCGGAGAGGGCUUACCUGUCGAUCCAGCCGAAGAGAAGAUUCUGAUUGAUGCCCAUAAAGAACCCGAGUACCGCGCUUUUAUAGAGCAUCCUGCCCUGACCAAGUUUAUAAGAGACUUAAUGGAGUGGAAGGAGCAUCGCCUGCUCGAUCGGAGUAUGCUGCGACACAAUGUGCCCUUUGGCAAGGGAACUGGUAUCCAUUAUGAUAAGCUGUUUCUCAGAGCAGGAGAUGGAUUCUUCCUGACUGCCUGGGUUCCAAUCGGCGAUAUACCCAUCAACGGCGGAGGUCUCUGCUAUUUGGCCAACUCAGUCGGACUGGGUCGUGCCAUCGAGAAUGACUUUAAUACUCGAGCAGCAGCUAUGACACAGGAGGAGAGGAUCUCUGCAUUUAAUGUGAACAUGAUGGACGGCGGGAUGAUCGCGUCGUCGCCCCAGCAGCUCCAGGAGAUGCAUUCAGCUUCCGGCUUGCACAAGUGGCUCAUCACUAACUAUGAAGCCGGGGAUGUUGUCUUCCAUGAUCCAUACAGUAUCCAUGCCAGUGGGCGAAAUGAGGAUCAGGAAGGUCGUAUCAGGCUGAGUUCAGAUUUGAGGUUUUAUGAGAAGGACGAUCCGGGCAUUGACACUCGAUGGUACAAAAUCUGGACUCCGGGAGAUGGACUGUAA